GCGUAGGAGGAAGAGAAAGAGAAAGAAAAGAAGAAAAUCAGCAGAAAGCAGGAAGCAGGAAGGAAAAAAUCAAGGCUUUGAUUGAAAGAAUCCAUCUACUAAAGAUGCAUUGGUAGUUUACUACUUCUAACUCUACAUCAUUCCUACACAUGCAAGUGGAUGGUGAUCUUCGCACUCGACGUGGCCAUUGAGCAAGAGCCAGGCAUGGCAAGCAAUGAUUGGAUCUAUCUGAUAAACAGUUCGCACAGGGACACACCAGAGAAUGGUUCUAUUUUGUGGCUGCAACCCAGUAACAAAUGAUAUUGUAUCGAGUCGUACUGAUACGGACAUGCCUUUACGCUCAAUUAAUCUUCCAUGCACCCUGGACAUACGAGUAUGCAACCUCAACGGCGCGCUUACUAGUGAUUAAUGAACAACCGAUGUCAUUGAUCCAUACAUCCCGUACAUCCCGUACAUGGGCGAAUGGAAAGAUGUCUGUUCUGUCCGAGGAUGUGAGCUUGCUCGCUAAUUCAAUAGUCCAACUGCGAAAGAAGGGCCCUAGAACAACAAUAGUAGUAAUACAUCGCAAUGCUUGUUCAAUAUUAAUUAAUAAUGGCUCUAUCUGCCCCAUCUGGUGCAUUCUCACCCUGUUGCACCCGGAAAUUGCUGAUUAUUGCUUCUUGGCCCGAAAUGGCUCCCUGACAUUUUCGCUCACCGUUUUUCACAGUAAUUAUCUUCGGCCCUAUACAGUCUUGCUACUAAUAAAAUUUACCAGUAAACUGACAAAAGAUACCUAUAAAAAACAUAGCAGAAAAAUAAGGUCAAGGAAAAAGCAAAGAGACCAAUCUAGUGCCCCGAUCUUCUCCCCUACAGGACACUGCUGCCCUUCUAGUCGCUGAUGCAACGUGCUGCGCUAGUCUCAUGCGUGGCUCCAAUUAACUGGGGCACCGUCUAGUUUGCUACUUGCGGGCAUCGCACUGGGACUGGCUGUUCUCCCCCCUCUU